CUCAUGGUCUGACCAAUCAGAAGCGAGGUUAGGAAACUCUGGUAGCUAGAAAGAAAACUUAUAGAGUUGUUGAGGUUUUUGGGUUGGUGUUGAUGUUGGAGAUCGGACAAGGAAUCUGACACGGAAUCGGACACGGAAUCGGACACGGAAUCUGUCCCGGGUUUGAGACGCGCUGGAGGAGGGACAUGGGAGCAACCUUAGGGACCUUCAGCCUUCUGCACUGGGCUCAGUGUCUGUGUGGCUCGGCGACAUGUCUGACAUGUCGUUUUUGCUCCAAAUGUAAGAACUCAAUAGUGACUCGAAUCAUUUACGCCUCAAUCCUCUUACUCGACACCAUCAUCGCCUGCAUCAUGCUGUCACCCAGCGUCGAGCGGCAGAUGAAACAGAUCCCUGGAUUUUGUGAAGACGACACGAGCUCCAGCACUGCAGGAACUUUUCAGUGUGACACGUUUGUGGGCUUCAAAGCUGUGUAUCGUCUUUGCUUUGGCAUGAGCAUGAGCUUCGUGGCUUUUUGUCUGCUGACCAUCAACAUAAAGAACAGCAGAGACCCUCGAGCUGCAUUUCACAACGGCUGCUGGUUUUUCAAAAUCACGAUCAUUAUUGCGCUCACAGUCGCUGGCUUUUACAUUCCAGAGGGACAUUUCUCUUACAUUUGGUUUGUAGUAGGUGCACUUGGAGCUUUCUUCUUCAUCCUCAUCCAGCUCAUCCUCCUCAUGGACUUUGUGCACUCGUUGAGCGAGUCGUGGCACGACAAGAAAGAAAACCAGAACCCAAAGCUCUGGGGUUGUGCCCUGAUAAGUGUAACCUUAGUGAACUACUCUGUGUCCGUCCUCGGCAUCACGCUCUUGUUCAUAUUUUACGCUCGGCCCAUGGAGUGUUCACUCAGCAGGUUCUUCAUCAGCUUCAACCUCAUCCUCUGCAUCAUUGCUUCAGUCAUCUCUGUUCAGAACAUAGUUCGUAAACGUCUUCCUGCUUCUGGACUCAUGCAGUCGUCCUUCAUCACUCUGUACACUGUCUACCUCACCUGGUCAGCUGUGACAAAUGAACCAGAAAAAUCCUGCAAUCCCAGUCUGCUGAGCAUCUUCCAGCAGGAUCCUGUUCUCAAUAGCUCUUCAACAAACCAAACCCAGCAGGAGAGCCCAAAGCAUCCUUACUUCUUAACGGAGGAUGCACAAAGCAUCGUGGGAUUGUUAGUGUUUGUCGUGUGCAUUUUAUACUCGAGCAUUCGCUCGUCCAGCACCAGUCAGGUGAACAAACUCCUGCUGACUCCAUCAAAUGCCGUGCUGAUCGACAACCCCUCCACAGGAAGCCUCUGUGCCCCCGAGGGGCCGAGACGUCUGGUAGAUAACGAGAGAGACGGCGUCCAGUACAGCUACUCCUUCUUUCACAUGCAGCUCUUCCUCGCUUCUCUCUACAUCAUGAUGACACUCACAAAAUGGUACAGACCUGAUGCCAACUACAAUGACAUCACACACAAGAGAGGACCAGUGUGGGUGAAAAUCUCGUCCAGUUGGACUUGUGUCUUUCUCUACGUCAUGACUCUGAUCUCUCCCAUCAUCUUCCAGGACAGAGACUUCUCAUAACCACUGUACUGAUUUCACCCUCAUGUGAUUCUUCAUCCGUCUUCUGCAGCACGUCUGAUCCACAGGGACGUCUGGACGUCUAGCCCGUGUUCUGCUGAUCAGUUGUUAAGUCACUUUCUAAAAGUUCUUACUUUUUAUUUUUGAGAAAUUUUGUCAUUUUUUGGAACAUUUUUCUCUUGAGGUUUUAUGUAACGUCUGAAAAUAUUCCGAUAUUUUUAAGGACACUUUCUUUUUCUCUUGCAAGGUUUUUUACAUAAAAUUGAAAAAGAACAAAAAAAGUUGUUUUAUAUAUUUUUUUUACCUUUUUAUCUAAACUUUUCUAAAGUUUGAGAAGUAUUGUGAUUUUUUUCUCUAAAGAUGUUUUGUUCCAUUUUUAAACUCAAGCUUAAUGGAAGAUUUGAGAAACGAGAGAUUUUAUAUACAAUUUAGAAAUAUUGUGGUAAAAUUUUGCAUAAGACAUUUAAUCACUUUUUCCCAGAGGCUUUGUGUAACGUUUGAGGAACUUAAAGCAUUUGUGAUAUUUUGCAGUUUUUUUUCCAAAAAUAAAAAAAGAAAAGACUUUUA